CCCCAAAGAGAAUGACCCCUUUCUCUGAGAUCAUUUCUAUUCGUUCGUGUUCUAGUUUGUAUAAUUGUUGGGAUUUGGUUUUAUUUUUCUGGUUUUCUAGGGUUUUAAUGGUGUGAAAUUGAGUUCGAAUCGAGGGAUUUUGGGGGAAUCUAGAGAGAGAAAGAGAAGAGAAGAGCAUGGCGUCCGGAGAGAGAGAGUUCGAGGAGCAGCUGGAGGAAGCUGGGAAUAGGCUCCUUCAACCUCCGUCUUCGGUCGAUGAACUCCUUCCUCUGCUUGACCAAAUUGAGAAUUUUCUCUCAAGAGUGGAGCAGUCACCAUUGAAAUCAAUGCAAACUGCACUUUCUCCAUUUAUGAAGGCAUUGGUUGCAGAUAAACUUCUAAGGCAUCCUGAUGUAGAUGUGAAAGUUGCAGUUGCCUCCUGCAUCAGUGAGAUUACAAGAAUUACUGCACCAGAUGCUCCAUAUGAUGAUGAUCAGAUGAAGGAUGUUUUUCAGUUGAUUGUAUCAUCCUUUGAAAAUUUAUCUGACAAGUCCAGUAGAUCAUAUAAUAAGAGGACCUUGAUUCUUGAAACUGUAACCAAGGUCAGGUCAUGUGUGGUCAUGUUGGAUCUGGAAUGUGAUGGUUUGAUUGUUAAGAUGUUCCACCACUUUCUGAAAGCUAUAAGGGAUUAUCACCCAGAGAAUGUGUUUUCUUCGAUGGUCACAAUUAUGUCUCUUGAACUGGAAGAAAGUGAAGAUAUUUCGUUUGAACUAAUCUCUCCCAUCCUAGCUAGUUUGAAAAAGGACAAUCAGGAGGUUCUGCCAAUUGCUCGGAAAUUGGGGGAAGUAUUUGAAAACUGUGCAAUAAAGGUCAAACCUUACCUGAUACAAGCUAAGGAAUCCUUGGGCCAUUCUUUUGAUGAUUACAGCAAAGUAAUUGCAUCUAUAUGUGAUGGAACAACUGAUAUUGGACAUAACAAUGACGGUACUGUUAGACAUAAUGAUGACGAUGCUUGUGGAGAACAGUUGAUUGAGGAGAGCAAGUUGGAUAGUGCAUCUUCAGAGGGGGCAGCUCAGGCUGAUGAGAACAAGUUGGCUGUGGCAUCUCCUGAUGGGGCAGCCCAGGAUCAAAUGACAAAAGAAAGUGUGACAGAGACUUGUCCUGAAGGUGAUCAUCCUGCUGUGGACAGAUCUCCAAAGUCAGUUAUGAGGAAUGGUGUUCCAGAAACUGGGAAUGAGGACAGAUUGGCAGAUCCAGAGUCUUUAAAGAAGCUAGAGCAUGCUCGCCAAGCUGAUCAGUUAGUGGAUACUAACGUAACAAGCAGUGCUGAACCCGAUGAUUCAGACAGUGGGAAGAUAGUAAAAGCAGAGUCUAAGCCUGAACAAACAUCCAAGAAAAGAGGACAGAAACCUAACUCUUUAAUCAAUCCAACAGAACCUUCUGACUCCUCUCGAGUUGAUAGCGACAAAGAGGCUGAAAGAACGGCAGACCGUCGAAAAAGUCGUAGCAAGGAAGUCCGUAGUUCACCUUCUGAGGAGCUGUCUGUUGAGGUGGCUGUGCUGUCAGAAAAUGACAAAGAGAACGUUCAGCUUUCCUCCCCAAAAGCAAUAGAGAGUGAGCCAGUGAAUGUGGCUUCCCCAUCUCCAAGUGGGAGUGUUCCUGAUGAGGGUAGUCCAAUGAAGGUUGGACGACCAAAGAAGAAAGACUUGGUUGAAGAAGUUCCACUAUCUGCCAAUGUUGCUUCUAACAAAACAUCUGCCGGUACAAGUGAUUUGGAAAAGACCCAGAGACACUCUGGAAAAAAGGCUCCUGCUGGGAGUACUGAGGAGAAGACUGGCUCUGACGGACAAUAUUGUGUUAGGAAGGUACAUGCAAAAGAUGAGAUAGUGGAUGGGCCCUCAUCAAAGAAGAAGGAAGAUAGGAAAAGGCGUGGGUGAGGACGAGGACGUGGACAUGGAAAAGCUACUUUGGUGAAGGAUUUAACGAAAUCAUCCACGGAAGAUGAUGACAAAGAAGCAGUUUCUUCACCAAAAGGUGCCUUAAGAUUAGAUAAAGAUGAAGUCCACUUAGAGGAAACCACCAAGACGAAUUCCAAGAGAAAGCGUACGCCUGGGAAAGAGAGAGCAUCUGAUGCUAUAGAGUAUGACAGUAACCUAAUUGGUAAAAAGGUUAAGGUUUGGUGGCCAGAUGAUGACAUGUUUUAUGAAGGUGUUAUUGAUGGUUUUGAUCCUGUAAAAAAGAAACAUAAGGUCUCAUAUACAGAUGGUGAUGAGGAGAUAUUAAAUCUUAGAAAUGAAAGAGGGGAGUUAAUCAGUGGUGUCAGAUGGGGUGGGUAAUGGGCUGAUUCAUAUUUGGUUCUUAUACUUUUUCCCUAUGUUCUGUAUUAAGGAUGAUAUAUUUUGUUGGCACGAACAAGCAGCUGAAUGCCAAAGUCCUGAUCCUUCCUCUGACAUGUAUGUGUUGCUUUUUGUUGAUUGUAAAUUUUUUAGUUCAGAAGAUGUCGCAUUAUUAUUUGAA